AUGGCCAAUAAACUGGACUGUACAACAGAAGCUGUACUGACCCCUUUAGAACGAGUGCAAACCAUUCUUCUCGAUCACCGACAUACGAAGAAUUUCACCAAUACUGCACAUGCCUUUAAAGUACUGAAACAAUACGGAUACAUGGAAUACUAUCGUGGAAUAACACCGAUAUUGGUCCGCAAUGGACCAAGUAAUGUGCUUUUCUUUGGCUUGCGGGGACCAAUCAAGUCGACUUUACCAGAACCGAGCAGUCAAAUCGGACACACAAUUAACGACUUCAUAAGUGGUGCUAUGCUGGGUGCUUUUAUAAGUACUGUUUUUUAUCCUGUCAACGUUGUCAAGACUCGGAUGCAGGUGCAAUUAGGUGGACCACAUGAAACAACGUGGCACACAUUUAAGAUCAUCUGGCGAGAGCGUGGGUGUAGUGUUACUCGCAUGUUCUAUGGUGUUCAGCUCAACUUUACACGAUCCCUGGUGUCGUGGGGAAUUAUCAAUGCUUCUUAUGAACUCAUUAAAAAGUGUUUUUUUUCCAAAUAA